GGCGAGCACAUCAUGGCGAUUGAAGGUGGAGAAAGAACCUGUGGAGUACAUGAACUUAUCUGUAUUAGAAAAGUAUCUCCAGAGGCAGUUGGAUUUUUGUCAGCUGUUGGGGUGUUUAUUAUCUUGAUGCUGCUCCUUUUUCUCUAUAUUAACAAGAAGUUCUGUUUUGAAAAUGUUGGCGGGUUUCCAGAUCUUGGUUCAGGAUACAGUACAAAGAAGAAUUCACAAGAUAAAAUUUAUAAUUCCUACAUUGACAAAGAUGAGCAUGGUUCGUCCUCUGAAAGUGAAGAUGAAGCACUGGGUAAAUAUCAUGAGGCCUUAUCCAGAACACACAAUUCCAGACUACCAUUGGCAGAUUCUAGACAAAAGAGCUAUACUUGGGAAACAAGACAGAAAUAUAGCCCUCUCUCUGCAGAGUAUGAUGGAUACAGUAGCGAAGCAUCAAUAGAUGAAGGAAACUGCAUUCAGAGAAUGAGAAGAACACCCCCACUGGAUGAAUUGCAGCCACCACCAUAUCAGGAUGACAGUGGUUCUCCCCAUCUCUCAUGUACACCCUCAGAAAUUGGGGACAGUAAAUGUGAAUUUUCCCACUGCAGCAACAGUCCAAGAUGCUCAUAUAACAAGUGUCCAAGUGAAGGAAGCACAGGUCAUGAAAUAGAAAGUUUUCAUAAUAAAGGAUAUGAAGAAGAUGUUCCAAGUGACAGCACUGCAGUCCUGAGCCCUGAAGAUAUGUCAGCUCAAGGAUCAUCUUCACAGCUUCCUAAACCUUUUGAUCCUGAGCCAGAAGCUAAAUAUGGCACGCUGGAUGUGACUUUUGACUAUGACUCACAAGAACAGAAGCUGCUGGUAACAGUGACAGCUGUCACAGAUAUCCCAACAUAUAACAGGACAGGUGGCAACUCAUGGCAAGUACACCUUGUUCUUCUACCUAUAAAGAAACAGAGAGCAAAAACCAGCAUCCAAAGAGGACCAUGCCCUGUCUUCACAGAAACAUUCAAAUUUAAUCAUGUUGAAUCUGAGAUGAUUGGAAAUUAUGCAGUUCGGUUUAGACUGUAUGGUAUACAUCGCAUGAAAAAAGAAAAGAUUGUGGGGGAAAAGAUUUUUUAUUUAACAAAACUGAAUCUUCAAGGGAAAAUGUCAUUACCUGUGAUAUUGGAACCUUCUUACAAUCAUUCUGGCUGUAACUCCCAAAUGAGCGCGUCAGAAGUCUCCUGUAGUGAAAGUACAUCCUCCUGUCAGUCUCUUGAACAUGGCUCAGUUCCAGAAAUCCUCAUUGGCCUGCUUUAUAAUGCCACAACUGGGAGACUAUCAGCAGAAGUGAUAAAAGGCAGCCACUUCAAAAACUUGGCAGCAAACAGACCACCCAAUGGACUGUUCUGUUGUCUAAAACACUUGAUAGGUGGACAGGUUUAUAUAAUCCGAGAUACAUAUGUUAAAUUAACUCUACUGAAUUCCAUGGGUCAAGAGAUGUCCAAAUGCAAGACAUCCAUCCGCAGAGGGCAGCCAAAUCCAGUAUACAAGGAAACGUUUGUUUUUCAAGUGGCCCUAUUUCAACUCUCUGAUGUGACACUCAUACUGUCUGUGUAUAACAAACGCAGCAUGAAAAGAAAAGAGAUGAUAGGCUGGAUUUCUUUAGGUCUGAACAGCUCUGGAGAAGAGGAACUCAAUCACUGGACUGAAAUGAAAGAGUCGAAAGGACAGCAAGUAUGUAGAUGGCACGCGUUGCUAGAGUCGUGAUGACUAGGAUUAAUGAGCAAUUGCAGUUCAAGGCAGCAUCAUUUCUGAGUACAACAUUACUCUUCUUACCUAGUCACCAUGGGAAGAUCUAUUCUUUGAAGAAUCAUCUUUAACAUUCUACCCAAAUGCUUUAAAUUCUGUGGAAAGAACAUCUAAUACGGACAUAAAUGAAGAAAAGAAGUGUCUCUAGUAGAGCUUGUUUGAGAAAAUGAGAAACUUUCAUCUUUCUUAAACUGACAAUCCUCCAGAACUUUAAGAGCGUCGUUUUGGUUUGAAGUUAAUUUUACUCUAGCAAAAGAGCCAAUAAUUUUAUGAAAAAUCAAAAUUAUAAAUGAUUUUGAAAAUCAGAAUUUUUAGUUACAGCACCCUUUUAGGUCACCCUACAUAUACACAGGACAUAUUUUGACUGGCUCAUCCCUGGUGUUCGUAAUGUUCUUUAAUAUGAGAAAGUCAUUCUCCAGCGUUGUCAGUCAGAUCUAACGGUGAAAGGUUUCAAUCACAUUGAAAAUCAUUUUAUUUCAGAUAUUUUCCCUUUGUGCACUUAGUUUUGUUGUGCCUCAGUUCUUCUCAAUAGCACUAAGUCUAAGUGCAAGCAAGUAUUCAUUUUCAUAAGGGAAUGUUUUUUAUGUGUUAUUUUAAGAAAAGCUCACUUCUUCAUUUGCCUCUGAUUUUGCCUGAUCCAAAGAGACCAAGUUACUGUACUGGUCCCUUGCAAGUCUUCUAGACAGGUUGUACUGUAGACCAUGUAACUUUCUGUUGAAAGCACUUCCUGUAUUCUUGUAUUCCAAUGUAGGAAGCUAAUAGAGCAGGACUUCACUUUAAAAUCUCUUUCAAUGGUUGACUCUUAAAAAUUGUAAUAAUGUGAAAAUACAUUUUUUACAAACUAAAAAAAUAUAGUGAAUAAGCUGUUGAAAAUUGAAAACAAUUCAAGUUAAAGAAAAUUUUAAUCAUCUGCUCUGAGUAUUUAGUAACCAACACUGCAUAAAGCAGGUAGCAUUCAAAUAAGAAACAGUUCUCUUCACUCUUACUUCAAUUUGUAUUUGUGAUCUAAAGACUCUCCAGUUCCAAGUGUGAAUCAGAACAUCAUGUUAAAAACAGUUCUGAGAUUCCUUAAGACGUUUCUAGUGACUUGUGACUAGAUUUUUUGAGAUUUACAGGUACGUUCUUCAGCGUGAUGUCAUCCUGUGCCUUCCAUGUAAGUUAAAUUUGCUCAUACAGCUUGAAAGUUGUAUUUGCAAAAUUAGGCCUUCAAUUUUUAUAAAUGUGAAGAUUAGAUUCCUCAAAACAGUGUCACAAGAUCUUUAUUUCCUCAGAAGUAUGUAAAAGUUGUAUAAUGUGCUAAUUUUUUUAAAUGGCAAGGCAUUUGUUGUUUUUAUAUUUAGGAACUCUGAUUACCAGGAAUAUUAUAAGCUGUUUUCUUUUUAAUUUUGCUUCUUA